AUGAAAAAGAAAGCAGGUUUGAUCUUCUUUCCCAUACCGGGGAUUGGCCACCUGACUUCAUCCCUCGAAUUAGCACAACUUUUGGUCAACCAUCAUAACCAUCUUUCAAUCACAAUCCUUUGCAUGAAGCUCCCUCACGCUCCCUAUUCAGAUGCAUACAUCAGAUCAGUUACAGCAUCACAACCUCAGAUCCAAGCCAUUGAUCUCCCUCACGUAUUACCCCCUCCACAGGAACUACUGAUGAAAUCAUUACCACACUACAUAUGGACCCUCUUGCAGAUCCUCAAGCCCCUUGUCAAAGCCACAGUACGAAACAUUUUAUCAUCAUCUCAUUCAAACCCCAUUAUUGGGUUGGUCGUAGAUGUUUUCUGUUCACCCAUUAUUGAUGUGGGGAACGACCUAGGAAUCCCUUCUUAUUUGUUCAUGCCCUCAAAUGUUGGGUUUUUGAGUCUCAUGCUUUCCCUUCAGAAACGUCAAGUUGGUGAUGUGUUCUGUGAUUCCGAUCCUAACUGGUUGAUUCCGGGUUUCCCUGAUCCAUUUCCUUCUAGUGUUUUGCCUGAUGCUGUUUUUAACAAAGAGGGUGGAUAUACUGCUUAUUAUAAUCUUGCUCAGAGGUUCAAAGACUCCAAAGGGAUCAUUGUUAACACUUUUUCAGAGUUGGAGCAGUAUGCUAUUGAUGCAUUAUGUGAUAGUCAAAUUCAAACACCUUCUAUCUAUGCUGUUGGUCCGAUGAUUAAUCUCAGGGGUCAACCAAACCCAAAUUUGGAUCAAGCACAACAUGACAGAAUAUUGAAAUGGCUAGAUGAGCAACCUGAUUCUUCUGUCGUUUUUCUUUGUUUUGGGAGUAGGGGAAGCUUUGAUCCACCUCAAACAAGAGAAAUAGCACACGCACUUCAGCGUAGUGGAGUUAGGUUUUUGUGGUCUAUGCGUUCUCCACCAACCACUACAAGAAAUGAAGAGAGAGUCUUACCAGAAGGGUUUUUAGAGUGGACAGAAGAUAGGGGAAUGCUAUGUGAUUGGGCACCUCAAGUGGAGGUUCUUGCCCACAAAGCCAUUGGGGGGUUUGUGUCUCAUUGUGGAUGGAACUCUAUUUUGGAAAGCUUGUGGUUUGGGGUACCAAUAUUAACAUGGCCUAUCUAUGCAGAACAGCAGCUGAAUGCUUUUAGGAUGGUGAGGGAAUUUAGAUUAGCAGUGGAGCUGAGACUGGACUAUAGAAGAGGUAGUGAUCUUGUAAUGACGGAGGAGAUAGAGAAAGGGCUGAAACAGUUAAUGGAUAGAGAUAAUAUGGUACACAAGAAGAUGAAAGGGAUGAAAGAGAUGUCCCGGAAAACUGUCCUCAAUGGUGGGUCUUCUUUCAUUUCUGUGGAGAAACUCAUUGAUGCCAUGACAGGCAACAAUUGA